UGGUCUGUCCGUCCGCGCCGUCCGUCGGCCAUGGCCGUGCGCUGCCUGCUGGUGCUCCUUCUGUGCUGCGGCUGGGGGGUGCUAGCCGUGGUCUCCCCGAAACCCGGAGCCGGCUGUCCGAGCCGCUGCCUGUGCUUCCGAACCACCGUGCGCUGCAUGCAUCUGUUGCUGGAGGCCGUGCCCGCUGUGGCUCCCCAAACCUCCAUCCUGGAUCUUCGCUUCAACAGAAUCAGAGAGAUCCAGCCGGGAACAUUCAAGAAGCUGAGAAACUUGAAUACAUUACUUCUCAACAAUAAUCAGAUCAAGAGUAUACCCAGUGGAGCAUUUGAAGAUUUGGAGAAUUUAAAAUAUCUCUACUUAUACAAGAAUGAGAUCCAGUCAAUUGACAGGCAAGCGUUUAAGGGACUUGCCUCUCUAGAACAACUGUACCUGCACUUUAAUCAGAUAGAAACUUUGGACCCAGAGUCAUUCCAGCAUUUGCCCAAACUAGAAAGGCUAUUUUUACAUAACAACCGAAUUACACAUUUGGUUCCUGGAACAUUUAAUCACUUGGAAUCUAUGAAAAGAUUGCGCCUGGACUCCAAUGCACUCCGCUGUGACUGUGAGAUCCUGUGGCUAGCAGAUUUGCUGAAAACCUAUGCUGAAUCAGGAAAUGCACAGGCAGCCGCCACCUGUGAGUAUCCUCGGCGCAUCCAGGGACGCUCCGUGGCCACCAUCACCCCAGAAGAGCUGGAUUGUGAAAGGCCCCGGAUUACAUCUGAGCCCCAGGAUGCUGACGUUACCUCGGGGAAUACCGUAUUCUUCACCUGCAGAGCCGAAGGAAACCCCAAGCCUGAGAUCAUUUGGCUUAGGAACAAUAAUGAACUCAGCAUGAAGACGGACUCCCGUUUAAACCUGCUGGACGAUGGCACCCUGAUGAUCCAGAACACGCAGGAGACAGAUCAGGGCAUCUAUCAGUGUAUGGCGAAGAACGUGGCCGGAGAAGUGAAGACGCACGAGGUGACCCUCAGGUAUUUUGGAUCCCCAGCCCGGCCGACUUUUGUCAUUCAGCCUCAGAACACAGAAGUGCUGGUUGGGGAAAGUGUCACUCUCGAGUGCAGUGCCACAGGCCACCCUCUGCCACGCAUUUCCUGGACGAAAGGGGACCGCACACCUGUGCCCGAGGACCCCCGCAUCAGCAUCACUCAUUCUGGGGGCCUCUACAUACAAAAUGUCAUGCAGGAGGACAGUGGCGAGUACACGUGCUUUGCAGCCAAUAACAUUGAGACUAUUCAUGCCACGGCAUUUAUCAUUGUUCAAGCUCUUCCUCAGUUCACGGUGACACCCCAGGACCGAACUGUAAUCGAGGGGCAGACAGUUGAUUUCCACUGUGAGGCCAAAGGUUACCCACAGCCAGUCAUCGCCUGGACAAAAGGAGGGAGCCAACUGUCUGUGGACAGACGUCACCUGGUGCUGUCAUCGGGAACACUUAGGAUCUCAGGUGUCGCCCUCCAUGACCAGGGUCAGUACGAGUGCCAGGCUGUCAACAUCAUCGGCUCACAGAGGGUGGUGGCCCACCUGACAGUGCAGCCCAGAGUCACCCCAGUGUUUGCCAGCAUCCCAAGCGACAUGACAGUUGAAGUGGGCACCAACGUACAGCUUCCAUGCAGCUCUCAGGGGGAGCCUGAGCCGGCCAUCACCUGGAACAAGGAUGGGGUUCAGGUGACUGAAAGUGGGAAGUUUCACAUCAGCCCUGAGGGCUAUUUGACCAUCCAUGAUGUUGGCACAGCAGAUGCAGGCCGCUAUGAGUGCGUGGCCAGGAACACCAUCGGGCAGGCUUCAGUCAGCAUGGUGCUCAGCGUGAAUGUUCCUGAUGUCAGUCGCACAGGGGACCCUUUUGUAGCCACAUCGAUCGUUGAAGCAAUUGCGACUGUUGACAGAGCUAUAAACUCGACCCGGACACACCUGUUUGACAGCCGCCCCCGCUCUCCCAAUGAUCUGCUGGCCUUGUUCCGGUAUCCACGGGACCCAUACACCGUGGAGCAAGCUCGGGCAGGAGAGAUAUUUGAACGAACAUUGCAGCUGAUCCAGGAUCAUGUGCAGCAUGGCCUGAUGGUGGAUUUAAAUGGAACAAGUUACCACUACAAUGACCUGGUGUCCCCCCAGUACCUGAGCCUGAUCGCCAACCUCUCAGGCUGCACGGCGCAUCGGCGUGUGAACAACUGCUCCGACAUGUGCUUUCACCAGAAAUACCGGACACACGACGGCACCUGUAACAACCUGCAGCACCCGAUGUGGGGGGCCUCACUCACCGCCUUUGAGCGCCUCCUCAAGUCCGUGUACGAGAAUGGAUUCAACACCCCACGGGGCAUCAACCCAGGCCGGCUGUACCACGGACACCCUUUGCCCAUGCCACGCCUCGUGUCAACAUCCCUCAUCGGCACCGAGGCCAUCACCCCCGAUGAGCAGUUCACGCACAUGCUGAUGCAGUGGGGCCAAUUUCUGGACCACGACCUGGACUCCACGGUGGUGGCACUGAGCCAGGCCCGCUUCUCCGAUGGCCAGCACUGCAGCUCCGUGUGCAGCAAUGAUCCCCCUUGCUUCUCGGUGGCCAUCCCACCCAACGACCCCCGUGUCAGAAACGGGGCACGCUGCAUGUUCUUUGUGCGUUCCAGCCCUGUAUGUGGCAGUGGCAUGACCUCACUGCUCAUGAACUCCGUGUACCCACGAGAGCAGAUCAACCAGCUCACUUCUUACAUUGAUGCAUCCAACGUUUAUGGGAGCACGGACCAUGAGGCCCAGGCCAUCCGCGACCUGGCUAGCCACCGUGGGCUCCUUCGACAGGGCAUCGUGCAGCGAUCAGGGAAACCGCUGCUGCCCUUUGCCACUGGGCCCCCCACAGAAUGCAUGCGUGAUGAGAACGAGAGCCCCAUCCCCUGCUUCCUGGCCGGGGACCAUCGUGCCAACGAGCAGCUGGGCCUCACCAGCAUGCACACGCUGUGGUUCCGGGAACACAACCGUGUGGCCACGGAGCUGCUGGCGUUGAAUCCCCACUGGGAUGGUGACACCAUCUAUCAUGAGGCGAGGAAGAUUGUGGGGGCACAGGUCCAGCACAUCACCUACCAGCAUUGGCUCCCCAAAGUGUUGGGGGAGGUGGGCAUGAAGAUGCUGGGUGAAUACCAGGGCUAUGAACCUAGCGUUAAUGCUGGCAUCUUCAAUGCCUUUGCCACGGCCGCCUUCAGGUUUGGACACACUCUCAUCAACCCUGUGCUUUAUAGGUUGGAUGAGAACUUCCAACCCAUCGCUCAAGGCCAUGUGCCCCUGCACAAAGCCUUUUUCUCUCCCUUCCGCAUUGUGAAUGAGGGUGGCAUCGAUCCACUCCUGCGGGGACUGUUUGGCGUGGCGGGAAAGAUGCGUGUGCCCACACAGUUGCUUAACACUGAGCUGACAGAGCGCCUUUUCUCCAUGGCUCACACUGUGGCCUUGGACCUGGCUGCCAUCAACAUCCAGCGGGGCAGGGACCAUGGUAUCCCGCCCUACCAUGACUACCGUGUCUACUGCAACCUAUCAGCUGCUCACUCCUUCGACGACCUGAAAAAUGAGAUCAAAAACCCUGAGAUCCGGGAGAAACUCAGAAGGUUGUAUGGCUCCCCGCUGAACAUCGACUUGUUCCCUGCCCUUAUGGUAGAAGACCUCGUUCCCGGCAGCCGCCUGGGACCCACCUUGAUGUGCCUGCUGAGUGCCCAGUUCAAGCGCCUACGAGAUGGGGACAGGUUGUGGUAUGAAAAUCCGGGGGUGUUCUCCCCCGCCCAGUUAACACAGAUCAAGCAGGCGUCCCUGGCCAGGAUCCUGUGUGACAAUUCUGAUAACAUCACACGUGUGCAAAAAGACGUGUUCAGAAUGGCCGAGUUCCCACACGGAUACACCAGCUGUGACGAGAUCCCCAGAGUGGACCUGCGGGUGUGGCAGGACUGCUGUGAAGACUGCAGGACCAGGGGACAGUUCAAUGCCUUCUCCUAUCACUUCCGAGGUAGGCGGUCCCUUGAAUUCAGCUUCCAGGAGGAUAUGCCCAGCAAACAAGCAGAGCCUGAGGCAACGAUGAGUGCAGCUGCCAUAGGUGCUGAGAAACUCAGCAAGUAUCUUAGCAACACCACAUACGCUUCCUAUGAACACCCCAAAGUGCCAGGGACAAAUGACAUCAAGGAAUUUGUUCUGGAAAUGCAGAAGACCAUCACAGACCUCAGGAAACAGAUAAAGAAACUUGAAUCUCGGCUCAGCACCUCUGAGUGCACCGAUUUGGAUGGCGAGCCGCAUACUGAUGGCGCCACAUGGAAGAAAGACCCCUGUACUGCUUGUGAAUGCCACGAUGGGCACAUUACCUGCUUCGUGGAAGCUUGCCCGUCGGCUGACUGUGCAGAGCCUGUGAAGCUGGAAGGAGCGUGUUGUCCAGUCUGUUUGAAGUCCAGUCCAGAAGAGAAACCUUAGGCCCAGCAGAGUUCCUCAGAGCGUCUCCACUAUGUCAUCUCAGAUCAGAUGGCCGGUACGGGGGCUGCAAUGCAGGAACCAUCAGAAGCUGGACAUUACCUGGCCCAUAGUGGCCAGAACUGUUUUGGAACAUAGUACAGGAGGCUCAGACAAGAGGAGACCAUGACAGAGCAGAUCCACAAGCGGGAAGACAGACACGUGUCCUAACGUCAUGUUAAUUUCUCAGGUCUUAUUUAAUUUUUCUAGUGAAAAAUUGGUGCUACUAUUAAAUUGCACAGUUGCAUCAUUUAGGCUCCUAAAUUGAUUUCACACAGUCACAUUUCCUCUCCACUAGGAGUUUGGCUGGGUUCUGAUGAGCAGGAGCUUGCAGGCAGGUCCCCCUUGGGAAUGGGUUCUGAGUAGAGCCUCCUGCCGAAGGCAUGCCACAUUUCUAGAAGUCAGUGUUGAGCAAAGGAGCUGCAUCUCUUCUGACCUUGGGUGUCAUGAUCUCAGCAGUAAGCUGAGGUGUACAUCCCUCUCCAUGACAUUGAUCCCCUUCUGGCUCUGUGUAAUCAGCCAUAGAGCAAGCAUCCAUGGGAAGGCAUGUGAACACCCCCACAGCUUCUCAGUUCCAUGCACCCAGGAUGAUAGAGGUCAUUAAGCCACACUUAGAUGCUGGUUUGUUGUCAUGUAGAUCCUGCAUACGUACCUGCCUAGCUGGGGACCAAAUGUGAAAACUCUCCAUUUUUUUCUUCUACUGAACCACUAUUCACAUUGCCUACCUUGUCCACAGUCAACUCUUCUCUUCCUGUCCCCCGUCCCAGGCUUUGCUUCCAGCCAGAGCAACUGAGAAGAAUCAUAGUGAAUCUUCGGGGGGAAUGCAAAUGCAAACUUUCUAAUUUCAGGUUGUAUGAAUGUGUUAAAGGAAAAACAAAAUAGCCCUAUACCUCAUAUGUAGUUUUUAAUGCAUGCUCUUUGAUGAAGUCUUGCCCAUGAUUUAGGUAUUAGGUAUGGCAAAAAAAAAAAAGCCAUUUCCACUAUGCAAAAAAGUUCUAGGAUUUCAGUGUAAAGCAACUCUCAUACCUCAAGCUCUCUCUUUUGCAAUUAACCCACAGCCUCCCAUUUUUUGUACUAAGUAGAAAGGGGUCUUUAUUA